AUGAUUGGAAUAAGGAGACUAUGUACUAAUGCUCCCAUAAUUAAUAAGUUACAAGCAGAAAGAGAUAGAUUAAACAAAUUGAUAAAAGAAAGGGAAGAACGUCAAAAAUAUAGAAAUAGAACAGCAACAUAUUAUUCAGCAUCAAUAGCAGUAUUAUUUUUAGCAUUAGCAUUUUCUGCAGUUCCAAUAUAUAGAGCAAUUUGUCAAAGAACAGGUUGGGGUGGUAUACCAAUUACUGAUUCAACAAAAUUCACACCUGAUAAAUUAAUUCCAGUUGAUACAAACAAAAGAAUUCGUGUUCAAUUUACUUGUCAAUCAUCAGGUAUAUUACCAUGGAAAUUUACUCCUUUACAAAGAGAAGUUUAUAUUGUACCAGGAGAAACAGCUUUGGCAUUUUAUAGAGCUAAAAAUUUAAGUAAUGAAGAUAUAAUUGGUAUGGCAACUUAUUCAAUAACUCCAGAAAAUGCUGCUGCUUAUUUCAAUAAAAUUCAAUGUUUUUGUUUUGAAGAACAAAGAUUAAGUGCUGGUGAAGAAGUUGAUAUGCCUGUUUUCUUUUUCAUUGAUCCUGAUUUUGCAAAAGAUCCUGGAAUGAGAAGUAUUGAUGAUAUUGUUUUACAUUAUUCAUUUUUUAAAGCUGCUUAUUCUGAUGGUGAAUUAGCUGCUGUACCAGUAGUUGGUAAAGUUGAAAUGAAAGCUGAAUUAGUUUAA